CACACUCGCAGUAAACGAACUUGCAGUUUCGUAACACAAUGCACCUCUAAAGUCUGACUGCAGACUAGCGAGUGAAUCUUCGAUGCUGCAGAGUCAAAAACCAAAGAUUUGCCAGAUUUGAGUCAGGCUUUGGGGCUGCAAAGAGAGAUGGGGUCUAGAGUUUACGAGGAGGAGGAACCAGACCAGCAGGAUGUGGCUACACAAGAAAGAUUAGAAGCAUUUGGAAACUGGUUGAUUGAAAAAAAAAGGUGGUUAAUUUCUGCAAAAUACUGGUGGAAAUCAACAGUCAGGCAGAAAUUUUGGAGAGCAUAAAAAGACAACGUUUAGACUGAACCAGCACGCCUAGCCUGUGUACUCCGCUGCUUAGUUGCUGCUUGAACUGCAGAGUUCCUCCAGCAUUUUGUGUGUGUGCGUCUCUGUAUUCUCAGCAACUGCAGAAUCUCCUGUGUUUUAUAACCGCAUUUUACUUUGGCAAUAGAUACUCAUUGAUAUUGAGAAUAUUGCUUAUGGGAGCCGCUUUCUGCGUUAAAACAGCUGCAGAUUUUUCGAUACACACAAAAAAAAAUUAGGUAUGGACCUUGAACCGGUGCCUGCACAAAUUUUUAAUGGCACCGUGAUUACCCAUAGGGCCAUGAGUUAAAAAUUUCGCCAUCGAUGAAAUGCGCAGGCGUCAGGCUGAGGACGUCCCCGAGUAUUAGGCAUGCGCGCAGCACACUGAAGGCAUUGAAAAUGUCGGAUGCAGGUUAAAAAUGACAAGGAAUUUGCCUACGGGAAUCUCGAACACAACACGCCAGUUUUGCUGUCUCUGUCCAGAUAUUUAAGAACAGGAGCAAGGGAUUCAGCCGAUCAUCCUUCCUGCUCAGACUGUCGAGAGGGAUUCACUUGAUCAUCUGACCAAUUGGCACGCCCAUUAGUUUACAUGGGGGGAGCCCAUUCAUCUGCUCAGACGGUGGGAAUGGAUUCACUCAGUCAUCUCAACUGAAGGUACAUCAGCAAGUUCACACUGGGACAAGGCCAUUCACCUGUUCUGUGUGUGAGCAGGGAUUCAGUGGGUCUUCCCACCUGUGGACACACCAGUCAGUUCACAUUGGGCAAAGACUGGUCAUCUGAAGAAUUUGUGGGGAAGCAUUCACUCUGUCAUCUGACCUAAUGGCUCACCAGCGAGUUCACACUCGGGAGCGGCUGUUCACCUGCUCGGACUGUGGGAAAGGAUUCACUCAGUCAUCUCAGUUACUGAGACACCAGUCAGUUCACACUGGGGACAGGCCAUUCAACUGCUCGCUCUGCGGGAAGGGAUUCACUUCCGCAUAUAAGCUACUGAGACACCAGUCAGUUCACACUGGGGAGAGGCCAUUCACCUGCUCAGACUGUGGGAAGGGAUUCACUUCAUCAUAUCAGCUACUGAGACACCAGUCAGUUCACACCGGAGAGUGGCCGUUCACCUGCUCAGACUGUGGGAAGCGAUUCACUGAAUUAUCUCGACUGAAGAUACAUCAGCGAGUUCACACUGGAGAGAGGCCGUUCACCUGCUCAGAUUGUGGGAAGGGAUUCGCUCAGUCAUCUCAACUGAAGGUACAUCAGCGAGUUCACACUGGGGAAAGGCCGUUCACCUGCUCGGACUGUGGGAAGGGAUUCACUUCAUCAUCUCUACUGAAGGUACAUCAGCGAGUUCACACUGGGGAGAAGCCAUUCACCUGCUUGGACUGUGGCAAGGCAUUCACUUCAUCAGCUCACUUACUGAGACACCAGCAGCGAGUUCACACGGGGGAGAAGCCAUUCACCUGCUCAAUCUGUGGGAAAGGAUUCACUUCGUCAUAUAAGUUACUGAAACACCGGUCAGUUCACACCAGAGAGUGGCCGUUCACCUGCUCAGACUGCGGGAAGGGAUUCACCGAAUUACCUCAACUUAAGAUACAUCAGCGAGUUCACUCCGGAGAGAGGCCAUUCACCUGCUCAAACUGUGGGAAGGGAUUCGCUCAGUCAUCUCAACUGAAGGUACAUCAGCGAGUUCACACUGGAGAGAAGCCGUUCACCUGCUCGGACUGUGGGAAAGGAUUCACACAGUUAUCUCAACUGAAGGCACACCAGAGCGUUCACACCGGAGAGUGGCCAAUCACCUGCUCGGACUGCGGGAAGGGAUUCGCUUCGUCAUCCCAUCUGAAGAUACAUCAGCGAGUUCACACUGGUGAGAGGCCGUUCACCUGCUCAGACUGUGGGAAGGGUUUCUCUUCGUCAUCCCACCUGAAGGUACAUCAGCGAGUUCACACUGGAGAGAGGCCAUUCACCUGCUCAAACUGUGGGAAAGGAUUCACUCAGUCAUCCAUCCUAAAGGCACACCAGCGACUUCACACUGGGUAGAGACUGAUCUGCUUGGACUUUGGGAAGAGAUUCUCUCAGCCAAAUCAACCAGUGUGCAUCAUUGAGUUCACACUGGGGAGAGGCCAUUCACCGGCUGUGAAUGUAGGAAGCGAUUCACUCCAUCAUCUAAUCUUAUGUAGCUCUCAGUUCUUCUGGCAGCUUAACAGAGGGAGUUAUAGCCCCCCUCCCCCCCAGUCCACUUUGGCCAAACUGAAGAAUCUCGUUUGGGUGGAUACUGUGCGAUGUGUCCCCUGUGUAAUGUGUCCCUGGGGUUCAUACUUUCUGUGGACUGUCUCUUUAAAAUGCAAAGAGAACCGAGACUGACGUUGGACACGCUGUUGGAUUUCUUCAGAAGUGCUGGGUUGCUAUGGUGACCAGCUAAUGUUUAUGUUCUGUGUGGUUAAGCAAGGUCAGAAUGAUCCUUUACCGACACAGAACAAGCAAGCAACUUCUUACAGAGAGAGGGGGCGGAGCUACGUGAUGGACAGCUGGUGUUCAGCACAACGGUAUUUAAACACACGUAACUGCUUUUCUCGCAGGACAUGUGGACGCACAAAGGCUAGUGAUGAAAGUUUCUGCUGGUUGGACUUUCUUGUACCCACAAGGGUGGGAUUUGAGGAUCGAUAAAGAAGAAUCGAUCUGUGGCUGUUAGUGCAUGUAAGAGUCACCCUGUGGGAUCUACCGGAGAGUCUAACCCUUACCUGGGUUGGGAGACUUUCUCUUGAAGAAGGUGCUCUUGAGUUGGUCACGUCUGGCUAACUUGGAAGAUUUGAUGGGCAUUGGAAAAGGUCGACAACACCUGUUUACUUGGAUUACAUCUCCCUCUCCCUCUGCCUCCUUCCCUCCCUCCCUCCCCCUCCAAUCUUGUGAACUAAAUUGAACCUACCACUUCAUCGUAAGACUAUGUCGUUUACCACCUCGGUUUUGGAUUUUAUAUACAGGUGGCUCCCAUUUUUCGGACGUUUGCUUUACGACAGCUCACUGUAACAAAAGACCUACAUUAGUACCUGUUUUUGCUAACCAAAGAGGAUUUUUGCUUUUACGAUAAAGAUGAUGACUGCUUUAUACGUGAGUUUACCCCGAGAAAGACUACCGUGACCGUGAAGUCUUGUGCGGCAGUUGUGUACGCAUGUGUGUACGUGCUGAUUUUUUUUCUCUCCAAAUCGAUUUCAGUUCACUAUCUUCCCAAUUUUCAGUGAAACUGCACAUACAUACAAUAUUUCUACUUUAUAUAGUGUGUAUAUUUAUCAUACCAUUCCUACUUUUACUAUAGGUUUGCGUUAUUUUAGGAUUUAUGUGCUAUUUGGUAUGAUUUGGUGGGUUAUUCUUUGGGUCUGGGAACAUCCAAAAUCUUUUCCCAUUUAGAUUAAUGGUGAUUGCUUCUUCGCUUCAUGACAUUUCGGCUUACAAAUGGUUUCAUAGGAACGCUCUACCUUUAGAUACUGGGGGAAACCUUUAUUCACACCUAUAUAUGCAUAACAUUGCUAACCCUUGGAUUAUCUGGUUUAAGUUCACUAUUAUUAGUAGUUACCAAUAAAAUAGUGUUUGUUCACUGCAAAACCAGACUCCAAGUGUGCUUAAUUGUUGCUGGUAGUUUUAUAGGUUUGCGUCUAUGUGACACCUGAAGUAACAAAUGGUACAUAAUAUGUGAUUAAACUAUUAAGAUUUAUAAUUCUUACUUUGACUAUAGGGUUAGUAAAGAAAACAAAAAAAAAAGAAAAUGGGCCCAC